AAAAAAAUUAAAAAAAAAAAAAAGAAUAUUAGCACUUUCCCAGGGGACUGAGUCUUUGGGGACUGAUGCCGUGGUGGAUGCCCCUCCCAUCCAGCUGAGAUUUUUGGGGCCAAGACUGGGUUGAGUUUGUCCUUGAGCCCAGUUCUUGUUGGAGCCUAAACCACUGUGAGACGGGACGUGCUGUGCAGUUGGAGCUCUCCAGUGACUUGAUAUCAGAAUGUUUGGAUUCAUCUUUACUCUGUAUUUUUUAAAAUCGUCAUCUGAGAGUACGUCUAUUCAGCAAUUGCUGGAGCUUUUUUUUCUUCCGGAUCCAGAGGUAAAAAAAUAUCCUCAUGGAUUUUUUGCUUUUCCUGUCACAGAUGCAAUAGCUCCUGGUUACUCUAUGAUAAUAAAACACCCCUAGGGUUUUGGUACAAUGAAAGACAAGAUCAUGGCCAGUGAGUACAGGUCAGUCACAGAAUGUAAGGCAGAUUUCAAACUGAUGACCUACCAGAGACCGGACACUGUGUACUACAAGUUAGCCAAGAAGAUCCUUCACGCAGGCUUUAAGAUGCUGAGCAAGGAGCGGCUGUUAGCUUUGAAGCGCAGCAUGUCGUUAAUGCAUGACUUGGAUUUUUCUCAGCAGGCAGCUCUCUUGGGCAACGCAGACACAGCUGUUGAGGAACCUGUUCCCGAAGUGGCACCUGUACAGGUGGAAACUGCCAAGAAAUCCAAAAGGCCUAGUAGAGAAGUCAUCAGCUGCAUGUUCGAGCCGGAAGGAAACGCCUGCAGCCUGACGGACAGCACGGCAGGGGAGCACGUGGUGGCCUCGGUGGAGCACGUGGCUGACGAGGCCCGGGACAGGGUCAGCCGGCUCCUCCCGGGGGGCCAGGUAGCGUCUGGAGUGUCUGGGCAGAGCUCAUGCGUUGGGUCCUGUCUCCAUCCCCAUGUCCGGGGGGACCUCCACGGGCGCCACGCAGGCAGGACCCUCACGGAAGUGGUCCACCGCUCACAGCCUGGUCCCGCUGCACAGCAGGAGUCCCACCCGGUGGACUUGAGCUCACUGUCCAGCAAGCUGCUCCCCGGCUUUACCACACUGGGCUUCAAAGACGAGGCGAGGGGCAAAGUCACGUUCCUCUCCAGCGCCACCACUGCGCUUUCCACGCGCAGGAAUUCUGUUGGCGACUUGAAGUCGGGUGUGUUGGAGCUGCUGUAUUCCGCCUGCGUGGAUCGGACGGGUGUGCAGUGUGCGCUGAGCCUGCAGGCGUUUGUGAUGGAUGCUGGGAGCUACAGCCAGAAGAUGCUGGACGACCUCCUGGACCAGAUCACCAGUGGGGACCACUCGGAUGCUCCUCCAGCUGAGGCAGAGUGUUUGUCGUGAGAGAAAGACUUUCAUCUUGUCCCCUUCGGCGUGCGGGAAGCAGCCCCAGGAGGUGUAGAGGCGUCUCUGGCCUCAUGUCAGCUGUGCGCAGACCCCGUGUUUCUCAGGGCAGCCCCGUAAAGCCUGGACAGUGACAGUACACUCGGUGUGUGAGCACGCGGGGCCGGGCUGCUGUACCUGGUCUCUGAGGGCGGAGGGUCUGUAAAGCUCGUCUCUGCAGCCGGCUGGACACUGUCCUGCCCGCGCUGGGCCCCAUGUGUUGUUUGUCCUGCCCGUCCCCCGUGUUCCUGCGCUUCCAAAGCAGGUCACGAAGGGGCCUCACUCUUCUGGGCUGGGACAGGAUCUGUGUCGGGCAAGGCCUGCCUUCUGCUGGGAGAGGACACUGCCUCCUGGCCACAGUGAUGUGCCAUGUCCGUAGACUUUUUUAAUCUGGAUGUGUUUACUGGAUGCCUGUUUACAUUUGCAAAACACAGAGAUCUCAAUAAAAUACACAGAACGAUUGCAUAGCAUUGUUUA